AUGGAGUGUCAUUAUAGCAAUAACGACAAAGCUACCGCAUCCGGGGGAGCCGAUGCGCCAAUACCGAGGAGCCAGGGUAUUGGUGGAAAGACAUUGACUGGCCAAAAAAAGGAAAUCCCACGACUCCUUACACCUAAGUCGAAACUGCGACUUGGAUCGUGGAACGUGCGGACCGCCUUUCACUGCGGUCAGAAAGAAAUCAUCGCAAGGGAGUUGAGCAAGUGCCGGGUUACUGUUGCAGCUUUAUCCGAACUGAGGAUCAGCGGCUGUGGAACGACAAGAGUGCAGGUUCCUGCUACGGACGAUUGGAUGACACUGUACUACUCUGGCGGUCAAGAACAUCGUGAUGGUGUUGGGUUCAUGCUCAAUAGCCACGCAUCAAAAUGCGUCGUGUCGUUUCAACCCAUCUCGCCGAGAAUAGCAGUGAUCACUUUGGGCGGAACCGUCAAGUCGCACAUAGUGAGCGUAUACGCUCCGACGGAACCGAGCGACGACGGUAUGAAGGACGAAUUCUAUAUGCAGCUCCAAGACGUGCUGGACAGCAUUCCCAGAAGAGAUCUCGUUAUCGUCACAGGCGAUCUGAACGCUAGAACUGGCGCCGACAGAACCGGAUGGGAACCUGUGAUGGGCCGAUUUGGCGUAGGAGAAAUGAACAACAAUGGUUUGCGGCUGCUUUCGUUUGCCACGUUCAAUGAUCUGGUCAUCGGCAAUAGCCUAUACCAGCAUGCACGAAAGCAUCAGCUGACAUGGAGAAAUCCAUCUGGUCACGAUUCAGCAGUCCUGGACUAUGUACUAAUCAAUUCUCGAUACAGGUCAUCGCUAAAGGAUGUGCGUGCAAUGAGAGGCCCGGAUUGCGGAUCAGAUCACUACCUACUACGAGCAGUCGUGCAGCUCCGCCUACAGUGUGCUAAGCGAGGUAAACGCCAACCGAAAGUAGACUGGGAGCAACUUAUGAAGCUGGAGGUGAAGCAAGGCUUCCAAAUUGCACUGUCAAAUCAGUUUGCUGCGUUCACGGAAGUGGGAACGGUGGACGAGGAAGAACGGCAGACUGCAAAAGUCAUUACCGAAUGUGCUACACAACUGUGCCCAGUUUUGCGCCGACGGACUAAACCAUGGAUCUCGGACGAAACAUUGCAGUUGGUUGACAAAAGGAGGAAGGUGAAGCUGACGAAUGGCACUACGUAUCAGCUACUCAGUAAGGAGCUCCGCAAGAGACUAAAAACAGAAAGGGAGGCCUACUGGAACGCAGUAGCGGAGGAGCUCGAAGAAUCGGCAUCCAAACACGAGUAUCGCAUGCCGUAUCAAAUUCUGAGAAGACUGUGCGGGCAAAACCAGAGCAUGCGGAACCUUCAUCAAAGACGCAAGUGGCAAACUCGUGAAGUCAGAGAGGGAACGCUUACAGAGAUGGAGAGAGUUCUUCAUAGAGCUGUACAGCCACGAACUGCCCACAGAACCGUUUCCAGAGCCAGUACCGAUAGAGAUGCCACAGGAACCAACACACGAGGCGGCGCCAAGUAUGGAGGAAGUGAGGGCGGCGGUGAUGUCGCUGAAGAACAGGAAAGCGGCUGGUGUAGACAAUGUCACAGCAGAAGCGAUUAA